CUACUUGAUCAUUAUCCACCUCGACAAGCAGUUCAUGUAUCUUAGUACUGGUACAUUAGUCUGGUUUGAAUUUCAUCGCUUUCAUAACGUCCUCACGCUCUCAAACACAGCUUCGCCCUUAACCGCUCUCACGCCGUAAAGACUUUACAGCUUUUACAUUUUGAUAGACUCUGCGCGUCGAAACUCUAUCCACCACUACACUUUGCUGCACUCCACCACACUGCACCGUACUUCAAAAAUAUCAAAGGCUCAGGUCAACAUUACCAUAAGUACAAACAGGCAACACACAACACACACAAACCACACCAACAAGAUACUCCAAAAUGGGCUCCUCAAAUUCUAAACAUACCCCCGCACCACCUUCGGAAGACGAAACCUGUGAUUGUGCUGUAUGUGGAAAUGAUAACAAACUCUUUCACAGUGACCGUCCAAGUGCACGGAAUGUGCGGCAGUGUUCGGUUAAGCAUUGCAAGACGACACGGCUAUUCGUUGAAAAGGAGAAGAGAUGGGUAGUUACUGUUCAACCAAAUUGGAACGCACCAUACGUUCAGUACUAGCUGGACUGGAGAUGAUACAUAUGGAAGAUUCCUUUUCCUUUUCUUUGAAAGCUGGUGAGAGCAUCAAGUUAUUCCAAGUGUGAUACUGUGGAGUGAGACUAACGAUAUGCUUCAUUGUGGUCCUAUUCAAUGUAGAACAGGAUCAUCGAGUUGGGUAUCUGGAUUUGAUGGUCAUGAAAUUUCCUUUUUUAUGCUUUUCUUUUGCUUUCCAUUGUUUGCGUGAUAUUUGGAGGA